GUCACAUCCACACCAUGGCAUCCAAACUGGCGCCCAUGUUUCUCCGGGGAGGGCGGCGAGCCUUCCAGAGUGCCGUCAGGGAACAGCAGAAGCGGACAUUCCAGACGACGCGGAUAGCACAGAGCGCAUCUCUCAAUGUGCACCGAAAUACUCCAGAGAACAACCCCGAUAUCCCCUUCAAGUUCAACAAGGUCAAUGAAGAGCUCAUCAAGGAGGUGCUUUCGCGAUACCCGUCGCAAUACAAAAAGGCCGCCGUCAUGCCUCUUCUCGACCUCGGCCAGCGACAACAUGGCUUCACCAGCAUCAGUGUCAUGAACGAGGUGGCGCGACUGCUCGAGAUGCCCCCCAUGCGUGUAUAUGAGGUGGCCACUUUCUACACCAUGUACAACAGGAAUCCCGUGGGCAAAUUCCAUAUCCAAUGCUGCACAACUACACCAUGCCAACUAGGUGGCGCUGGCAGUGACGUGAUCAUGAAGGCCAUUGAGGAGGAGCUCGGAAUCCACCACGGUGAGACGACCGCAGACAAUCUCUUCACAUUCACAGAAGUGGAGUGCUUGGGUGCGUGCGCCAACGCGCCCAUGGUACAGAUCAAUGACGACUACUACGAGGACCUUACGCCUGAGAAGACCAAGGAUCUGAUCAGGGCGCUGAAAGAGGCAGCUGAGAAGACGGGCGCAAGUGGCUGGGCACCAGGACUCGCCGGUGAUGCGGGCAAGGACAAAGUGUCGGGCAAUACCACUGGCUACAAGCUCAAGCAAGGCGGUGUGGGCUACACCGCGCAAGGCGUGAACAUUCCAGCUCCAGGACCGUUGAGCUCACGCACAUCAUGCGAGAACUCGGCCGGCCGCACGAGCCUACUGGAAGAACCACCGGCCAUCGAGACGAUAAUGAGGAAAGAUGGAGCCCUCUAAGAGCGAUGUAGAUCUAAAUACAACGAUGACAAUGAAGAAGCAUCAUCGCAGACACUGCAUCAUGGUCCGGAGUGCAUUCAUUGCAUGACCACGAGCAGCAACCAGCAGUUGCAGUCAGCCACGUGAGCGCCAACCGGAUCACCAUCCGCAGAUUUCAGGUCUGAGGUCUGCACACUUCUGCACAUCCUGCGAUCUCUCCUCUGCGUGUCAUUACUAGUAUCGCAUGCCUUGAACCGUCUCACAGUGCGCCGUGCCUACUGCUGAGCACGACUCUGAGAGAUGCCAUUCGCCAGUUCUGGAGUUUUAAAACUGCCCUAAUCCCGGGAAGGACCUCGAUGCGAAAUUUGGCUUCUGAAACUACUAGUCCCAAGUCGCCUCUUUCAUCCUAGAACUCAAUUGUCGCGCUCGGACAACUAUCCUACUGUGCUAUACGUCUCGUACCAAGAAGCUAAGUGCCUACCCAGUGUCAAUCCUCA